CGCUGGAUGUAGAGAUUAAAUUUUAAAAUUUUAUUUAAUAACAUAUAAGUGUAAAUCAUCAUGACUUUGGAUUUGGCAAUCGAUUUGUCUCAGAUACAGCACCAAAAGCAUGAAUGUAAAGAAAAAAAUGGACUUCAUCAAAAUUAAAAACUAUUGUACAUCAAAAGACAUUAACAAGAAAGCGGAAAGACACUCUUGGCCUCAUGUUAACUCACCACCACUACUUCAAUGAAAACAAUUAGAGCUAAGAAACAUAAUUGGAGGGACGCCUGGGUGGCUCAGUUGGUUUAGCAUCCAACUUCAGCUCAGGUCAUGAUCUCAUGGUUUGUGGGUUUGAGCCCCGCAUCCGGCUCUGAACAUUAAAAAAAUUUAUUCAAGUACCGCCCAAUUAUGUUUUUUUAGUUUUCUAUUCUCCAAAGAAGAUAUACAAAAGGCCAACAGGUAAGUGAAAAGAUGCUCAACAUCAUUACUCAUUAGGAAAAUGCACAUCAAAACCACAAUGAGGUAUCACUUCACACCCACUAGGAUGGCUAUAAUUAAAAAAAAAAAAAAAAAAAGAAAAUAACAAAAUAACAAGUGUUGCCUAGGAUGUGGAGAAAUUGGAACCCUCAUAAAUUGCUGGUGGAAAUGUAAAAUGGCUCAGCAGCUGUGAAACAGUUUGGCAGUUCUUGCAGGAAUUAAACACAGAAUUAACAUAUGACCCAUUGAUUCCACUUUUAGGUAUGUAACCCAAAGAUUUGAAAACGGGUACUCAAACAUACCAGCACUACUCACAGGUUACAAGUUGGAAACAGCCCAAAUGCCCAUCAGUGGAUGAAUGAAUGGAUAAACAAAUCUGUUGAGCAUCCAACUUUUGAUUUCGGCUCAGGUCAUGAUCCCAGUGUGAUGGGAUCAAGCCCUGCAUCUGGGUCCACGCUGAGCGUGGAGCCUGCUUAAGAUUCCCUCCCUCUCUCCCUCUCCCCCUUCCCCUCAGCCCCUCUCCCCACUCCAGUACACUCUCUCCUCUAAAAUAAAAACAAUGAAAAAAAUAAAAUUUUCAAAACUUAAUAAAACGAAUGAAGUAUUGAUAAAUGCUACAACGUAGACGAAUUUCAGAGACAUUAGAAGCCAGACAUAUAAUUCCAUUUAUAUGAAAUAUACAGAAGACCUAAAUCCAUAGAGACAGAACACAAUCAUGGUUGCCCAUGGCUGCUAGAGAAGGGGAAUGGAGAGCAACUGUUGAAUAAGUACAGGGUUUCCUCCUGGAACUAGAUGGAAAUAGUGGAUGGGUAAAACUGUCAGUGUACUAAAUGUCAAUGAAUUGUUUACUUAAAAAUGAUUAAUUCUGUUACAUCAUUUUCACCUCAUUACAGAAAAAAUUACACGUUUUAAAUGCAUCAUUUCACAAACCUUCUAGACAUUAAAACUAAAUGAUCAAACAGGAUUUGGUAGAACAUUUCAACUUUGAAUGUAAAACAGGCCUAAACUAAAAUCUUUGCGAUACUGAAGUGGAAGAUGGGAUGUAAUAAUCUUGGAAAGUAAAUUAUUGUUUACCUGAAAUACAGGAGUUUUUAUUUCUCGAAGAAUAAAUAUGGAAUAAAUAUGUAAUAGGCAAUAAACAUUCCUUCCUUCAGGAUACUGAUUCCAAGUGUGGAUUUCCGAGUUACACUACCUGGGUUCCCAUGCUUGUCUUCCCAGGAAUGUUCUGGAGCACUAUCAAAUGCACUGUAUCUUUCUCCCAUCUUUUAUACUAUUAAGAGUUGCAUCACUGCAGAUUCAAGAUUUACUAUAACACAUUCACUUAUUCUCCCUCUGCUGGCUGGUUCCAUGCUACCACACUGCAAUACGUUAAUACAUACAAGGGCUAGGGUUAUAAUUUAACAAAUAUUUACUGAGCACUUACAUGUGCCAUGCACUGGGCUGUGCCCUAAGUGUCCCACAGUGAAGUUAAGAUAGGAUCCCUGGCCUCAUUUAUCACCUAGUAGCGGACACAGACUUAAUCAUGAUUAAGUAUGAGAAAGAAAAACAGAGAUAAAAAGAGGGGUACUAUUUUAGGUAGGAUGGUCAGGAAGGGUUUGUCUUGGGAAUGACAUCUAAUCCGAAAGACCUGCAUGGCAUUAACGAAUGGCAAUAGAGGAAUUUGUGGGAAGUUUGAGGCCAGAACAAGAGAUGGGAAAGCAUUUAACUGCAGUGGAAAGUAAAUGGCACAUUUCCAGCAAGGGAAUGAUAGAAUUUGGCGUUGUAGAUUCUAGAGGCAAGAGAGAACCAGGAAGACUAUUCGGGACGCACCGAUGGUGGCCUGGACUGAGGGUAACUGCGGUUAAUGGCUUGCGCGAAAGGAAAGGUGUUAUUCUGCGACAGAAAACGAUGACUGCAGGGCGACUGGUUAGAGAACAUGCACAAAAACAAACCACGGCUUUCGAGUCAUCCUGCUGUGAACAGCCGGAACCAGGGCAGAGCAAGCUUCCGAACCAAAAGGAACUAAAAAUCUUCGGACACUAAGGUACAGGAAAGGCCAAGAGAGUUGAACUUCGCUCCUGCCUUCCUUCUGUGGUAGCAGCAGAUGCAGAGUGGCCAAGACGGAGGUGGGACCCCGCUCUGGCCCAGGAGGGUGAGCAGCGGACAUGCUAACCUUCAGAAACAAAAAACAAAAAACCAAAAACGAACAAAAAAAAACGUCACGGCGAGAAUGGCACAGAUAGCUCGCGGAACUAACCCUUCUACACUAAUUAAACCCGGCGCCGGAAGUGCCGCCCACCUAUGCUCACUUCCGCUAUCCCAGACGUCCUCUAACCUCGCGAGAACUAGAAGUGCCUAUGAGACGUGGGCUAAGCGGAAGUCGGGCCUCUUUUUUCGUGGCGCUUCGGAGGCGGUAGGCAGCCUCGCCAUGAAGCUGAACAUCUCUUUCCCAGCUACUGGCUGCCAGAAACUCAUUGAAGUGGACGAUGAACGCAAACUUCGUACCUUUUAUGAGAAGCGAAUGGCCACAGAAGUUGCUGCUGAUGCUUUAGGGGAAGAAUGGAAGGGUUACGUGGUACGAAUCAGUGGUGGCAAUGACAAACAAGGCUUCCCCAUGAAGCAGGGUGUCCUGACCCAUGGCCGUGUCCGCCUACUGCUGAGUAAGGGGCAUUCCUGCUACCGACCACGGAGGACUGGAGAAAGAAAGCGCAAAUCUGUUCGGGGUUGCAUCGUGGAUGCCAAUCUCAGUGUUCUCAACUUGGUCAUUGUGAAAAAAGGGGAGAAGGAUAUUCCCGGACUCACUGAUACUACUGUGCCUCGUCGCCUGGGGCCCAAGAGAGCUAGCAGAAUCCGCAAGCUUUUCAAUCUCUCAAAGGAAGAUGAUGUCCGCCAGUAUGUUGUGAGAAAGCCCCUAAAUAAAGAAGGUAAGAAACCUCGAACCAAAGCACCCAAGAUACAGCGUCUUGUUACUCCACGUGUCCUCCAACACAAACGUCGGCGCAUUGCUUUGAAGAAGCAGCGCACGAAGAAAAACAAGGAAGAGGCUGCAGAAUACGCUAAGCUUUUGGCCAAGAGAAUGAAGGAGGCCAAAGAAAAGCGCCAGGAACAGAUUGCCAAGAGACGGAGGCUGUCUUCUCUGAGAGCUUCUACCUCAAAGUCUGAGUCCAGUCAAAAAUGAGAUUGUUGUAAGAGGAACAAAUAAAUAAGAUCAGACGUCAAA